AUCAUCAAGCAGCGACACUCACCGCUUUCCGUACUGCGCAUGCGUAAAUUGACGAGUCCUUGGACACACCGAUCGCUGUAGGUGAAGCGGUCUCGGAAGGGACGUACUGUCAAAAUGCAGACCUGGAACCAUCUAUACCGCACACUCGCCACGCGAGGUCAGCACCUUCCCUGCAAGCUGCACGGAGCCACAGUCCUGUCUGCGAGAACAUAUGCUGACAAAGCAGCAAUUGAUGCUGAUGUCACAGUUGUGGGCUCUGGGCCUGGAGGGUACGUCGCCGCCAUCAAAGCAGCUCAGCUUGGUUUCAAGACAGUAUGUGUGGAAAAGAACGUGACCCUCGGCGGGACGUGCUUGAACGUGGGCUGCAUUCCGUCAAAGGCUCUGCUGAACAACUCAUACCUGUAUCACUUGGCACAUGGGAAAGAUUUCGAAAGCAGAGGCAUUGAAAUUCAGGGGAUCUCAUUGAACCUGGAGAAGAUGAUGGCGCAGAAGAGCGGGGCUGUCAAAGCUCUGACAGGAGGAAUCGCACACUUAUUCAAACAAAACAAAGUAACUCAUGUCAAUGGUUUUGGAAUGAUAACUGGUAAGAAUCAAGUGACCGCAAAGACUGCUGACGGAGAACAAGUCAUUAACUCCAAGAACAUCCUCAUCGCUACGGGAUCAGAGGUCACCCCAUUCCCAGGCAUUCAGAUUGAUGAAGAAACUAUUGUCUCGUCCACCGGUGCUUUGUCCCUCAAGAAAGUUCCAGAGGAGCUCAUUGUGAUUGGAGCAGGAGUCAUUGGCGUGGAGUUGGGGUCCGUUUGGCAGAGGCUCGGUUCCAAAGUUACAGCGGUGGAGUUCCUCGGCCACGUCGGCGGAAUGGGCAUCGACAUGGAGAUCUCCAAGAACUUCCAGAGAAUCCUCCAGAAGCAGGGGGUGAAGUUCAAACUGGGCACCAAGGUCAUGGGCGCCACCAAGAGACCUGACGGCAAGAUCGACGUGGCUGUGGAAGCUGCAGCUGGUGGCAAGAACGAGACGCUCACCUGUGACGUUCUGCUGGUGUGCAUUGGCCGCCGUCCAUUCACCGGAAGCCUCGGUCUCGAGUCUGUCGGAAUCGAACUGGAUAACCGCGGGAGAAUCCCUGUCAACGGCCGUUUCCAGACUAAAGUGCCCAGUAUCCAUGCCAUUGGAGAUGUUGUAGCUGGACCCAUGUUGGCCCAUAAAGCCGAGGAUGAGGGUAUUAUUUGUGUCGAGGGAAUGGCAGGAGGAGCCGUCCAUAUCGACUACAACUGUGUGCCCUCUGUUAUAUACACACACCCUGAGGUCGCUUGGGUCGGCAAGACCGAGGAACAACUCAAAGAGGAUGCCGUGCCAUAUAAAGUGGGCAAAUUCCCGUUCGCGGCUAACAGCAGAGCCAAGACGAAUGCUGAUACAGAUGGACUGGUAAAGAUCCUCAGCCACAAGGACACAGACAGGAUGCUGGGAGCACACAUUCUGGGAACGGGGGCAGGCGAGAUGAUUAACGAGGCUGCGUUAGCUAUGGAAUAUGGAGCGUCAUGUGAGGAUAUUGCGAGAGUGUGUCACGCCCACCCUACUGUAUCAGAGGCCUUUAGAGAAGCCAACCUUGCUGCUUCGUUUGGAAAAGCUAUCAACUUCUAGAUUUUCUUCUCAUACACUUGUAUAUAAAUACACUAUCUGCUGCAUUUUUUUUUUUUUUUUUU